GUAAAUAUGCUUAUCAAGCCACUUGCAAGAGAAAAUUUUAUUUUAUGCUCAAGUUUGAAGUAAAAUAACAUCCUUAUAUACAAAUAUUUUAUGUGAUAUACAGCAUGGCAGACAUAAAAAUUGGUUCACUGCUAUGGAAAAAUGCUCAGGAUUCCCUGUUGAGCUUAACGAAAGGAAAUGUAGCAUCAGUGGAAUCAAUAGUUAGGAAUGGAAUGGAAUCCAAUCAGCAACGAAGAGCAAACUUGUCUUCUGCUACCACGACAGCGCUAGAGCACGUUGAUGUAGGAAACAAGAGUAUUCAAUCCUCUUUGGACAGUUCUUUAAAACUUGAUCAUGAUGCAUGUGCAAGCAUGUGUUCCUUUAUCGCCCCAUCUCAAAGGGACCUGUGGAACAUGAGGAAUGGACACUAUCAAAAGAUUGUCGAGAUCACAGAUAAUGCGGCAAGAUGCUUAGAACAAGAACAUACGAUGGAUGAACCAUCUUUUUCAACUCCAAGAAGAAGGGCGAUCAAUUUUCCAAGUGGGGCAUCCAUCGAGGAGUUAAAAACACCAGCCUUUGAAGAGCUGCUCAAGGGAUUCUGGGAGUCCAAAUCUGCUUGCAAACAAGCAAAUAGUGAUAUAAAGCAUCUAUAUACAGCAUAUGAGUAUCAUUUACAAGGCUUGAGGGAUUCUAGAGUUCCCUUAACUACACAAUAUUAAGUGAGAGCUCAAGAAAGAUGAAUCCAGGACUCUGUACAGAUAAGAGAUAGAGAACAUUCAAUCGUUCUUCACUUCUAUCACAUAGAGCUUUGCCAACCCGGCUAAACUGCAGAGUAAAAAAGCUGAGGAAAAAAAAAUUUGUAGCAUGUUAUACGUAGUUCAGUGUAUCUUCGAUAUGCCAUUGAGACAUACAGAGGGUUUUACCCCUUGAUUAGGGUUACUAAAUUAAAUUAAAUAAAUACACGCAUAAACUGUUUUUCUAUCAAUCAAUUACUAGUUCUUUUUUCUCUACUAAAAUGCCUGUUAACUUCUGGGCUUGGUCAGUUUUGUGUUUUGAAAGACAAUCCAGAGAACCAAAAGAGUGCGAGACAUUUAUGCUUCUUAGCUUCAGAGUUUUGGCACAUGCAGUUAGCAAAAUGGAAUUUUUACAUGCCAAAUCUCAAGAGGGAAAAACCAAAUGGCCCUGUGAAAGGUUCAUCCUCCUCGAGCGUCUAAGGAUUUUGGCACAUGCAGUUAAACUUGUACCAAUCUCCUCUCUCAGCACACA